ACCAUGUCAAAAUAAUUUGACUUAUUUUCCGACUUUCAUUACACACAUAAUUUUAUCCACCUUCCCUCUCUCUCUCUCUCUCUCUCUCUCCACACUUCCCCUUUCCUCACUCUCCAACUCCGAGCAGAUCCGAUCGUCCGUCGGCGAGAUCGCUCCCUGCGAAAUCACCGAACUGCCCCUACCGCCGCUGCAAUGGAGGAGGCGCUGGAGUUGGCGCGUGCGAAGGACACAAAGGAGCGGAUGGCGGGCGUCGAGCGCCUCCACCAACUCCUCGAAGCUUCUAGAAAGACGCUAUCUCCGUCGGAGGUGACGUCACUCGUCGACGUCGGCCUAGAUCUCUUGAAGGACAACAACUUCCGGGUGUCACAGGGCGGUUUGCAGGCGCUCGCCUCCGCCGCCGUGCUCUCCGGCGAGCACUUCAAGCUGCAUUUCAAUGCGCUUGUUCCGGCGGUGGUCGAGAGGCUCGGCGACGCCAAGCAGCCGGUUAGGGAUGCCGCGAGGAGGCUGCUGCUCACUCUCAUGGAGGUUUCUUCACCAACUAUUAUCGUUGAAAGGGCAGGAUCUUACGCUUGGAUGCACAGAAGUUGGAGAAUUCGAGAAGAGUUUGCUCGCACAGUCACGUCAGCUAUUGGUCUCUUUGCAGCUACAGAACUACCUCUUCAGCGUGCCAUUCUUCCUCCUAUUUUGCAGAUGUUGAAUGAUCCAAACCCUGGUGUUAGGGAAGCAGCUAUUUCAUGUAUUGAGGAGAUGUUUACUCAGGCUGGGCCUCAGUUCCUUGAAGAAUUGAAUCGACAUCAUCUACCUGCACCCAUGUUAAGAGAUAUUAAUGCCAGAUUAGAGAAAAUUGAGCCCAAGAUUCACUCUUCAGAUGCUAUUGUGAGCAAUUACUCAUCUACUGAGACUAAGCCUACAAUGCAUAAUCCAAAGAAAAGCAGCCCGAAGGCCAAAAACACGUCACGUGAGAUUUCUCUCUUUGGAGCAGAUGGCGACAUCACAGAAAAGCCUGUCGAACCUAUUAAAGUAUAUUCAGAAAAAGAGCUUAUAAGGGAGUUUGAGAAGAUUGCUUCUACCUUAGUGCCUGAAAAAGAUUGGUCUAUACGUAUUGCUGCUAUGCAGAGAGUCGAAGGCCUUGUUAUUGGAGGUGCAGGUGACUACCCUGGUUUCAGAGGACUUCUCAAACAGCUGGUUGGUCCUUUGAGCACACAAUUAUCUGAUCGACGCUCUAGCAUCGUGAAGCAGGCAUGUCAUUUGUUAAACUUCUUAUCUAAAGAUCUCUUGGGGGAUUUUGAGGGAUGCGCUGAGAUGUUUAUUCCGGUCCUUUUCAAGCUUGUUGUCAUAACAGUGCUUGUAAUUGCAGAGUCGGCGGAUAACUGCAUAAAGACGAUGUUACGCAAUUGCAAAGUUCCUCGUGUACUUCCCCGGAUUGUUGAUGCUGCAAAGAAUGACCGCAAUGCUAUACUCCGUGCAAGGUGUUGUGAUUAUGCGCUUCUUAUACUUGAAUAUUGGGCUGAUGCACCUGAAAUACAACGCUCAGCUGACCUCUAUGAAGACCUUAUAAGAUGUUGUGUGGGUGAUGCAAUGAGUGAGGUACGUUCUACUGCAAGGACCUGUUACAGAAUGUUUGCUAAAACUUGGCCUGAUCGCUCCCGGCGUCUGUUCAUGUCCUUUGAUCCUGUUGUUCAAAGGGUAAUAAAUGAUGAAGAUGGAGGAAUGCAUAGAAGACAUGCUUCACCUUCCAUUCGUGAAAGAAGUUCAAACAUGUCAUUUUCCUCUCAUGCAUCCACACCUUCAAAUAUACCUGGUUAUGGGACUUCUGCAAUAGUUGCAAUGGAUAGAAGUGGUAGUUUGUCUUCAGGGACGUCUCUUACUUCUGGACUACUACUCUCUCAAGCAAAAUCUAUGGGCAAGGGUGCAGAGCGUAGCCUAGAAAGUGUGUUGCACUCAAGCAAACAGAAGGUCACUGCCAUAGAGAGUAUGCUGAGAGGCUUGGAUAUAUCAGAGAGAGGUCGAUCCUCCAGUUUGGACCUAGGAGUUGACCCUCCAUCAUCUCGUGAUCCACCAUUCCCCCUUGCUGUUCCAGCAUCAAAUAGUCUUACAAAUUCUUUAACAGAUCCAGUAUCUGGUAUCUCUAAAGGCAACAAUCGCAAUGGAGGGUUGGUACUUUCUGAUAUCAUCACACAAAUCCAGGCUUCUAAGGAGUCAAGUAAACUAUCAUAUUAUAAUAACAGCACGGGAAGUGAGCUUCUAUCUGCACAUUCUUCUUACUCAACCAAGAGAGCUCCAGAAAAGGUGCAAGAUAGAGGAUUUGUUGAAGAAAAUUCUGAUUUUAGGGAAUCAAGGAGAUAUAUGAACUUUCAUGAUAGGCAAUACUUAGAGACACAAUACAGAGAUGCUAGUUAUAGGGAAUCACAUAGUAACCACAUACCUAAUUUCCAGCGUCCACUUCUAAGGAAGAAUACUGCUGGGCGAAUGUCUGCUGGCAGGAGGAGGAGCUUUGAUGACAGUCAGCUCCCACUGGGUGAGCUCUCAAGUUAUUCGGACAGCCCAGCUUCUCUCACUGAUGCUCUAAGUGAAGGGCUCAGUUCUAGUUCAGAUUGGAAUGCACGGGUGGCUGCAUUUAGUUAUAUUCGUUCUCUUCUGCAGCAAGGGCCAAGAGGUAUUCAAGAAGUAAUGCAGAGUUUUGAGAAGGUCAUGAAGCUGUUUUUCCAACACCUGGAUGAUCCGCAUCACAAAGUUGCACAGGCAGCCCUUUCAACUCUUGCAGAUCUUAUUCCAGCUUGCAGAAAGCCAUUUGAAAGCUACAUGGAGAGGAUUCUACCCCAUGUUUUUUCUAGGUUGAUUGAUCCCAAGGAAUUAGUGAGGCAACCUUGCUCAACUACACUGGAUAUUGUUGGCAAAACAUAUGGUACUGAUUCUCUUUUACCUGCUCUGUUGCGUUCGUUGGACGAACAACGGUCUCCCAAGGCGAAAUUAGCUGUUAUUGAGUUUGCUAUUGGUUCAUUUAACAAGCAUGCUUCAAAUUCUGAAGGCUCUGCCAAUAGUGGCAUCCUUAAGCUAUGGCUUGCAAAAUUAACCCCACUGGUUCAUGACAAAAACACAAAACUGAAGGAAGCAGCUAUAACAUGCAUUAUAUCGGUUUAUACUCACUUUGAUUCGGUGGCAGUGUUGAACUUCAUUCUUAGCUUAUCUGUUGAGGAACAGAACUCCUUAAGAAGAGCCCUCAAGCAGUAUACUCCUCGCAUAGAGGUAGAACUCAUGAACUUUCUGCAAAGCAAGAAAGAGAGACGUGGCAAGUCCUCAUAUGAUCCAUCUGAUGUGGUUGGAACAUCUUCUGAAGAUGGCUAUAAUGGAUCAAUAAAGAAGAGUCAGUUGUUUGGUAGGUAUUCUUCUGGAUCUGUGGACAGUGAUGGGGGGAGGAAGUGGAGCUCUCUUCAAGAUGCAUCCUUCAUCACAGGUUCUAUUGGGAACCAAAAAUCUGAUGAUACACAGGAGAAUUUGCAUAAUCAUUUGGGGGAGACUAACACAAAUGCUGAUGUUACAACUUCAAAUUACAAAAGUUUGAAAUAUGCAUCCAAUAUCUCCAGUGAUAAUAUGGGAUUAUCUGCAAUAGAUGGCCAUCCAAAUGCAGAGGUUUCUUUGACACCACGUUUGGACAUCAAUGGGCUGAUUGGAUCUGAUCAUCUGCAGAAAUCUCUAGAUGUUGGAGUUGACAAUGAGCCUUCACCUGAACCGGCACUAAGUUUUCCUAAACUUCCUGUUCUAAAAUUGAAUUCUUCUACAGAAGCAGGACCACCAAGUAUUCCUCAGAUUCUUCAUAUGAUAUGCAAUGGGAGUGAUGACAGUCCUUCAGCAAAUAAACGCCUUGCACUUCAACAGUUGAUUGAAAUCUCCAUAUCUAAUGACCACUCUGUCUGGAGCAAGUACUUCAAUCAGAUAUUAACUGCUGUACUUGAAAUGCUGGAUGAUUCUGACUCAUUAAUUCGCGAGCUGGCUCUCACGCUCAUUGUUGAGAUGUUAAAGAAUCAGAAGGAUUUGAUGGAGGAUUCUGUUGAGAUUGUAAUAGAAAAGCUGCUUAAUGUGACGAAGGACAAUGUUCUGAAGGUCUCCAAUGAAUCAGAACAUUGUUUGACGAUUGUGUUGUCUCAGUAUGAUCCAUUCCGAUGUCUAAGUGUUAUUGUGCCUUUGCUUGUGACUGAAGAUGAGAGAACUCUUGUCACAUGCAUAAACUGUUUGACAAAGCUUGUGGGUAGACUCUCUCAAGAGGAACUGAUGGCUCAGUUGCCUUCAUUUUUGCCUGCUCUUUUUGAUGCAUUUGGGAAUCAGAGUGCAGAUGUCCGGAAGACUGUCGUUUUCUGUCUGGUGGACAUAUAUAUCAUGCUUGGGAAAGCAUUUUUGCCUUAUUUGGAAGGGCUGAAUAGCACACAACUCCGGCUGGUGACGAUAUAUGCAAACAGGAUAUCUCAGGCGAGGACUGGUACUCCGAUUGAUGCUACCCAAUGAUAAGCUGCUUCUGAUUCUGAUGCAGAGGCGUUGGUUGAUGAUUCUGGUUGUUAAUUUUGAUCACUUCUUCUUUUGUUUGUGUAUGCGUGUAUAUUGUGUGAAAUCUGUAGGGGAUGGGAUGUUUGGAGAGCUGAGUUGUAAUUCUUUUCCAUCACAGAUUUAAUGUAUUUGUGCUCAUUGGCUUUGGAGAAUACAGUUUGGUGUGUGGAAACAAACAUUGUGAUGUACCUUUUUGUAUUUGUGUCUAUAAUGAAAUCAUUUUUUCGUAUUAAAACAUAA